GCGCCGAAGCUCCGGCUAUCAGACCCGGCAGUGGCGAAGCUGGUUUUUGACAGAUCUUGCACGUCGCCAUGACGUUGGCUAGAACAAAGAGUUUUUCCGCAGUUAAACCGGGGCUCCCAGCUGCAUCUGUCCAAUCACGUGCAGAGCUGAAGGACAAUUCAAAGUCUUGGCCUACCAGAUCGAGUCUAGCCUUGGUGCAUGAUUUUAUGAAGCGGAGGUGUUCGGUGCUGUGUGGCGCUCUGCCUUUCUCAACCCAGGCAAACCCAAAUCGCAUUGGAACAGACACCCAACCUCCGCCCCGAGUCGCACAGAAAGUGAGAAAGCUGCCCAUCAGCUAUUGUCUUUUUUUGCGCGAAGUAUCUGGAUGAGCAUUGUCUGUCUGGACCCCCAAUUCACACGGCGUUCCACCCGACUGGUGUUCACUUACUUAGUCUUUGAAGAGUCGAGUGCCAAGUUUCAAGUUCAGUGAAGAUACAGGGACGAUUCCCCCAGGCUGCGCUCGGUCUCUUUCAGCCAUCGCAACCGCUGCAAAGCCGCUGUAACCAACCAAGCACACGCUGUGCAGGGCGUGCUCAGCACCUUUCCCCUUCGGUUAUCGCCCACUUUUUACCUUGAUCCAUCAGCCCAGAUUCCGUCCAGAUCGACCCAUUCAGCAAGGCAACCUACAGUUUCCCCUUCCCCCAACCCCCUCGGGAAUCCAACAAACCUCCCAAGAUAUCGAUCCUGGCCCUGCAUCUGCCAUUCUUCGACCCGGCACUUGCUGGCGCCUAGGCGCUUCACCGCUGAGAGAUCUCGCUGUGUAAAGCGACGACAAACCGACACACUGGCCCACUCUUCAUCGCAUUCUCCGCAGCUCAUCGUCAUAUCGCAAGAGGGGGAAAACGCUGCAAAAAUCAGACGCAUGUAGCGUCUUCAGCGACAAUGUCCCUCGAAGCGAUUGGCGCUCCGGCGUCUGAGCCUACGAUUUUCAUGGAUGUUAAUCCGCCCGUCGUUGUCGUUGCCGUUGCCGACAGCUCAAAGCCCCUUGGUUUGAACUCGCCUCCCGACAGCAACAAUGCCAUGACUCUCGACGGUAGCGACUCGGAGCUCAGCGAUAUUGACGAGGUUGCCGACAAGCUUGACGGCAAACUUGAACUCAACGACGCGAUCCAAGACGAAAUCAGACUGGAGACGGAGCCUGCUCCUGCUCCUGCUCCUGCAAACGAAACACAACAAAAUGAACCGGAGGCACAACCAGGACCAGCGGUUGAGGAGGCGGAAGAUAUUGGCGAGGUCCUUCCCGACCACUGGUCCGGUACUGUUCCGGUGUUUAAACCAACAAUGAAGCAAUUCCAGGACUUCAAAGUCUUCAUGACCAAAGUCGACAAGUACGGCAUGAAGUCUGGAAUCAUUAAAAUCAUUCCGCCCCAAGAAUGGAAGGAUUCGCUACCUCCAUAUGACGACAUGGUGAAGCAGGUCAGGGUGCGCGAACCGAUCAAGCAAGAGAUCAUGGGAUCCAAUGGCACGUAUAGACAGGUCAACAUUCUUCACCAGCGAUCCUACAAUCUGCCGCAAUGGAGACAGCUCUGCGAACAGAGCGAACACCAACCUCCUGCGAGACGAGGCGAGCGCCGUGCCAAUGCCGAAAAGAAGCCAUCCACCCGAUCACGCGCCGCUGCCAACUCUGGCGCCCCCAGGCCGGCUGCCGCUCCAGCCAAAAAGCGUGGCAGAGGAGGUAGAGCAACACGCGCUUCGGCCAGGACGGCGAAGAAUGAGCCAGCCGAGGAGGAGGAGCGGCCAAUGACACCUGUGUCUCCGGUGCCCGAGAAGGAAGAAGUCGUAGACUCUGUCGAGCAGGACCCGGGUGUCAAAGAGGAGGAACAGUGUGACGAAGAUGAUGGCGCGCCAGCACCGCGUCGGAUGGGUUUCUCCAGACAAGGGAAGCCCAAGAUGCAAUCCGUGUCUGCCCGACGGAAAUACGUUCGCCGUGAAGGUUCUGCCAUGAUUGACGAGGCCGCGUUCAAGGACUGGGAUUAUCGGAUGGACGUGUCAGACUUCACCCCGGAGCGCUGUGAGGAGUUGGAAAGGAUUUACUGGAAGACGCUCACAUAUGCCUCGCCACUGUACGGCGCUGACCUUCUCGGUACACUGUUCAGUGAGGAUGUCAAGCUUUGGAACCUGAACAAGCUGCCGAAUCUGUUGGAUGUUCUGGGUACCAAGGUUCCCGGUGUCAACACUGCUUAUCUCUAUCUUGGCAUGUGGAAGGCAACGUUUGCAUGGCAUUUGGAGGACGUGGAUCUCUACAGCAUCAACUACUUGCAUUUCGGCGCACCAAAACAAUGGUACAGUAUCUCUCAAGCCGACGCGCGACGAUUCGAGGCGGCCAUGAAGAAUAUUUGGCCAACGGAGGCCAAAUCAUGUGACCAAUUCCUCAGGCACAAGGGCUUCCUGAUCUCGCCUGCUCAUCUCAAGCAACACUACAACAUUACCGUCAACAAGUGCGUUUCGUACCCUGGCGAGUUCGUGGUGACGUAUCCCUAUGGUUAUCAUUCUGGCUAUAACCUCGGUUACAAUUGCGCUGAGGCCGUCAACUUUGCCCUGGACAGCUGGCUGCCAAUGGGCAAGAUUGCCAAAAGAUGCCAGUGUGCUCAGGCACAGGACAGCGUAUGGGUAGAUGUUUACGAGAUCGAGAGGAAGCUCCGUGGCGAGGAAACCGAGUAUGAGGAGACAGAAGAUGAGGACGAGGAUGAGGACGACGACGAUGGUGAUAUCGAACUGAAUGGCGGGCUUCCGAGUCCCCCUCACAGCCAUGGUGUCCGGGUUAGAGCUCCGGGCAGAAAACGUAAGAGGGGAGCAAACGACAAUGAUGGAUCGGAGAGAAGAGCCAAGAAGGUUCGCGUGCGUGUCAAGCCCCAUAUCGAACCCCCGUGCUGCCUCUGUCCCAACGACAUCCCCGGGGCCGAAAUCAUGUCGACGGACGAUGGUCGCAAAGCGCAUCGCAUGUGCGCUCUCUACCUUCCCGAGACUUAUAUCGAGGAAGUUGAUGGACAAGAAAUCAUUGCCAAUAUUGGAGGUAUCAACAAGGACCGCCUGGAGCUCAAGUGCUUGUAUUGCCGUUCCAAGAAGGGCGCGUGCUUCCAGUGUUCUCAGAAGAAAUGCCACAGGUCGUAUCACGCGACUUGCGCGGCAGCUGCGGGAGUGUUUGUGGAGGAGUCCGAGGUGCCGGUGUUUGGUGAGGAUGGGACUGAGUACAAAGAACAGGCGUUCGAGUUCAGCUGCCGUUUCCACCGGACCAAGCGAGACAGAAAGGCUCAGGGCGGUGUCUUGGAGGACGACCCGAGAGUGCGGGAGGUGGCAGCUGCACUCAAGCAGAACGACAUAUGCCAGCUGCAGUACUUCCGAGGCGAGAUCUUUGCUGGUGUGGUGGUGGAGAACCGUGCGGAUGAAGAGAUGCUUCUUCUUGAUGUCAUUCCGAAUGGCGAUCGAGUUGAGGUUGAAUGGAAGUGGCUGCUGCUGCCCGACCCCGCGGAUUACCGUUUGCCCAAAGCUUCGGCCAAUGCGGUCCCGAUGCCGACGUGCAGAAAAGCGAAGCAGGAGAUCAAUGCCAAACGUGCCGUCGACGAGGUCCCACGAAAGAACGACGAGUUCGGCACUGGGCUUGUCUGGGCCGAAUUCCACACCAGCGAUCCCAUCAGAAACCGCCAGCAGGUCAAGAUUGACUUUGCCAAAGAAAACCAAGUCUGGCACUACCUGGGAAAGACGUCGACAGAAGCCAAGGCUCAGUACACCGAGAAUAUCGCCAGGCCUCAGCACAAUCUCAAGAGCAACUUUUUGGACUCGAUUCCCAAACCAGUCUCGGCGGUUUCCGUGUCUUUGCUACCUCAGCAGGUCCGCAGCAGGACAUUCACGGCGGCAUACCCAGGCCAGGUUCCGUUUGCUGGCGGAUUUUCAGCCAUUUCACACCACGGAACACCGCUGGGACCAUUGGCUCCUAAGCAACCAAAGCCCUACAUGUACAAACCUAAGAAUUCUACCGAGCCACUGUCCCAGCCUGUGCAAUUUAUGCCGCACAAAUUUGCACUUGACCCAGCUACGCCGGCGGCACCUUUCUUGCAGAUGCAGCCCCACCAGCUGCAGCAGCAGCAUCAGUACAUCCAGCCACACCAGAUGCAUUAUCAGCAGCCCAUCCAACCUGCGCCUGCCCCUGUGCAACGGCAUCCAAUGCCCCCUCCACCUCAACCUCAGCCUCAGCAUACCUUCCAGCAGCAAGUUUUCCAGCUUCAGCCUGCCCCUCCUCCACCUGCUCAGCAGCAGCCGCAACCUCCUCCUCGGCUGCAAGUCAAGCACUACCAGCCGCCCCUGAAGGAAUCCCGGAAGAAGAGUUCGUCGACAUCCUAUUCGUCGGAACGUUUCACGCCCGUCGGAGGUAGUAAUGGAUUCCCGCAGCUUCCUGGCUUGACCUGGCCCCCCGCUCACAUGAAAUCAGGGCAAUACAAUCAGCCUCCUAGAGACUGGCCUCAAUCUGCGGCAGACAGGCCGCCCAUGACUUUGGCGAUGAAGCCCAAGGGUCCUGGAGAGGGGCAGCCGCAGAUCCAUGCGUACCAAAAGUACGCGUUUUUCCAAGUUCAUCACAACAGGGAUCCAGUCAGAUAUCAGACUCCUUAUGGGCCAGGAGGAGGCUUCGUCAACGGCUACGAGCGUAACCAUCGCGCAUUUUUGAUGCAAGCUCAGCAGGCCUUGAACGGAGGCAAGAAGAAAGCGCCAAUGAGGACACUUCCUCCCCUGCAGCAGACCAAGAGCAUCCAACCACAAGCUACCCCAUCGCCUGGACCAGGUGGUCGGCCACAGGGCGGAUACUCAUCUCCAUAUGCGCAGAUUCUGCCCCGCCCCGACACCGCAAGCAGCCAACAGUCGCCAUUCACUUUUGACAACUUAAGAACGGGUUUCUCGCCGUCGCCCGUGUCACCCUACCAGCAGCACCAAGGGUUCUCAGUGCCCACGACACCUGCGAGCUCAUCAACGUACGAGAUGAAGCAGCCAGUAUCGGCUCCACUGCAUCCUGCCAUCAACCCACAGUACGGGACUUCGUUCCAGCAACAACCACCAUCAGGUGGAAAUGACCAAACCAACCAACAGACAUGGUCUGCGAGUUCUCAAGUAUCAACGCCUGUACCUAUCCCCCAGCAGCGACCGAUAAACUCCGCACCUCCGCCCCCUAAGCCAGCUUUUACCAAGCAAAGUCAUAGCCCGAUUCCUCUGCCACCGUAUGUUAGGCAGAUGACAAAUGGCCAAAAGUCAUCACCUCUGAGCAAACCACCGGAGCAGGCGGCGCCUCAGCAGACGAUGCCGAUGCCCCAACCUCAGUACCUGGGGCAUACUCCGUCUGGAAUGUCUACUAUGCAAAGCUACUCAUAUCCUGAGCCUCAGUCUGGACCGGUUCUUGAGAACGGAUGGAGACCAGGUUCUGACCCUAUGGUGAUGGCAACAACCCCAAGCCCAGCGACCCAGGCAUCCACGCACUAUCAACAAAUUUCGACUCCAGAGCAACAUCAGCAACAGUCGGCAAACAUGACGUAUCCUCCACCGCCAACACCUGACGGGGAUCCGCAGAAAGAACUUACCAAGAGGAUAAUGCUCAGCCUUAGGCGGGCAAGUCAGCAAAUGGGGCCGCUGAACCUGUAGGGUGGUGUUGAAUGAUGUUUCUCUUGACAAGGCUAUGUAUUUCUGAACUUCUGGCGCGAAGACUGGGCAUGGGAUGGGUUGAACAUGGCAAGGCAAGGUACGGGUAUGAUACUCCAUGGCGUUUGUGGCUAGGGUGGCCCCUACCUAAUGGCUGGUUGGCAUGGAACAAACUUUGGGGGUCGGAAGGGGGGUAAUUCAUGCUCAAAUGAGCUACUUUGUGUUUCUUUUUGCUAUGGGUUUUACUUCAUCGGUGAUGCAUAUAUAAUGUAUGAUAUCAUUAAGUCACUUGCUAAGCGGAUUGAGGAAGCGAUUUGUAUGUUUUACAUCUGGUAAACGAGAUGGGAAGUCCAGACUUUGGGAGGAAGAGAGAAAUGGACGGGACAGCGCGGUAUCUUUUGGGUGUUAUAGGAGUAGGGGUUAGGGGGGCAAGACUUGUACCCUGUGAAGGGUAAUUAUGUAGUGUUGAACAUGGGGACUAGGGAAGGAUUAGUUAAACUAAGCAAGAAAUCAUUGCUCCAAUUGUGGU